GGUAAAUAUGGGCAAAAACUGAGGGCAAUUCAGAAAAAAGCAAAGCAAAAGCGACGAUGCUCCCACCUGAGAUUGCAGAGACGCAGAGAGAGUGAUAGACACAGACAGAUCUGAGUCGGGAGAACGAGUCGGGAGAACGAGUUCGAGGACGAGUUCGAGUAUGUACUUAGGGAGCUCUGCUGUUUGUUGUUGUCAGCAAUUAAUGGUUUAAAGUUCUUACAGUACGCAUUGUGAGUGAAGAUUGUCCCCACCGUUAGAUCGCAUCUCUGAAACUCCACACCAACCGUCCGAUUUAUUCCUCUCUCCCUCCUCCUCUCUCUGUCUCUCUCUAUCCUCUCUCUCUCUCUAGCUUAGCUCUAAUUUUGGAGUCGAAGCAGAAGACCUUCAGUGAAACCGAUCGGUCUCCAAAAUUCUCGAGUCUCUCACGCGGCGCUUUCUCAGAUUUGAGCCCUGUGACGGCUUUCUUAUGACGGAGCUCAAGAACAAACUGUGUAAGUGGGUUUCAGAGUCUGAGAGACAAAAAUAAGUGGAUAAUUUCUCCUUAGCGAAGAAAUUUGGGCAAUAAAUUUUGGAUUUGAUUUCUUCUAAAUUGGUUGCCCCUUUGAGGAAUCUCCAGACAUAUAACAGGGUUUGAAGGCAAAGAGGGCUAAAAUAGUGAGUAAUCCUGAUUUUUUCUGGGUUUUCUUUCUUCUUCUUUAUUGUUCUUGAAUACCUGAAAUUCGUCUGUGGUUGUCGUUGAAGUUUAGCUCUAUAACUUCAUUUUCAGCCAAAACUGGAAGGAACCAUAUAGUUAGAAUUAGAAAGAGAGACAGAAAGAGAAUCAAUGGAAGAUUUUUCAAAAUACACUCAUAGUCCAGUUCAUUUGGCGGUGGUGCGCCGUGACUAUGCCGCCUUAAGGCGAAUUAUCUCUACCCUGCCACGGCUCGCCAAGGCUGGAGAAGUUAAUACUGAAGAGGAGUCUCUUGCUGCUGAGCUCCAGGCUGAUGCCGUCUCAACUGUUAUUGAUCGUCGUGAUGUUCCAGGGCGUGAGACUCCUUUGCACCUUGCAGUACGCCUCCGAGACGCCACCUCUGCAGAGAUUUUGAUGGCAGCUGGUGCGGACUGGAGUCUCCAGAAUGAGAAUGGUUGGAGUGCUCUCCAGGAGGCAGUGUGUACUAGGGAAGAGUCAAUUGCACUGAUCAUUGCAAGGCAUUACCAACCUCUCGCUUGGGCAAAAUGGUGUCGUAGACUGCCACGUAUUGUUGCCUCAAUGGCUCGUAUUCGUGAUUUUUACAUGGAGAUAACUUUCCAUUUUGAGAGCUCAGUCAUUCCAUUUAUUGGUCGUAUUGCUCCAUCAGAUACUUACCGCAUUUGGAAGCGUGGUUCUAAUCUUCGUGCUGAUAUGACCCUUGCUGGUUUUGAUGGUUUCCGGAUUCAAAGGUCGGAUCAGACAUUUUUGUUUCUCGGAGAAGGGUACUCUUCAGAGGAUGGCAAUGUGACUUUGUCACCGGGUUCUUUGAUUGUUCUUUCCCAUAAGGAGAAGGAAAUUACAAAUGCUUUGGAAGGUGCAGGCACCCAACCAACAGAAGCAGAAGUUGCACAUGAAGUUGCAUUGAUGUCACAGACAAACAUGUAUAGGCCUGGUAUUGAUGUUACGCAGGCUGAGCUUGUUCCCCAUUUGAAUUGGAGGCGACUGGAGAGGACUGAGAUGGUGGGAAAUUGGAAGGCCAAAGUUUAUGAUAUGCUUCACGUUAUGGUGAGUGUGAAGUCAAGGCGGGUUCCUGGUGCCAUGACAGAUGAGGAACUUUUUGCUGUGGAUGAUGAAGAACGGUUGGCAAAUGGUGAUAACAAUGAUGACUAUGAUGAUGUUUUGACAGCUGAAGAAAGGAUGCAACUGGAUUCUGCACUACGAAUGGGGAACUCAGAUGGUCUUUGUGAGGAUGAGGAACAUGGGAUUGUCGAAUACCAAGAAAAUGGUUCUGUAGGUUUCCAUGAGAAUGGUGAAUCCAAUGGUGCAAAAGAGAAGAAAAGUUGGUUCGGUUGGAACAAAAAAGGUUCAAAGAGUAUUGUUGAGGAUCCUGAAGACUCCAAGAUUUUGAAGAAAUUCUCGAAGUUGGCCCCUGAAGGUAGCAAUCAGAAACCAGUGGAUCAUCAAAAACCAUCAUCCGAAUUUGGCAAGGAGGAUAUGGGGGAUGCCAAGAAGGGAAAAGAUAAAAGCAGUAAGAAGAAAAAGAAGAAAGGGGCCACUAGUGAAUCGAAGCUUGAGAGUGAAUACAAAAAAGGUUUGAGACCAGUCUUGUGGUUGACACCAGAUUUUUCUCUGAAAACAGAUGAGCUACUGCCUCUACUUGACAUCUUGGCCAACAAGGUCAAAGCCGUUAGGAGACUCAGGGAACUUUUGACAACUAAACUUCCACCUGGGACGUUUCCUGUCAAGAUAGCAAUCCCAAUUGUCCCCACUAUAAGAGUCCUUGUUACUUUCACUAAGUUUGAAGAACUUCAGCCAUCAGAGGAGUUUUCAACCCCUCUCUCCAGCCCUGCACAUUUCCAGGAUGCCAAGUCCAAGGAAUCAGAGGGGUCCACGUCAUGGAUUUCAUGGAUGAGAGGGAGUCGUGGUGGGCAAUCUAGUGACAGUGACAGUCACCGAUAUAAGGAUGAGGUUGACCCUUUCCAAAUACCAUCAGACUAUACAUGGGUUGAUGCGAAUGAGAAGAAGCGCCGCUUGAAGGCGAAGAAAGCCAAGAGCAAGAAAAAUAGGAAACACGCAGCAGCAAGAGGUGGGGACGGUGGACAUCAGGUCAGUGAGGAUGUAGAAGAAUAACUACCUCAAAAUCUAUUUCAUGCUUCGCCACUUUUUAGGUCCGACUAUGAGGAGGGAGAGGGAGGUUAACUCCUCUGCGCAGCUGACCUUCAAAUUUUCCCUUUGGAUGAUUUGGUUGGUGGAUGAUUGUUUGGAAAUCAAUUUGUUGUUGAUUAAGAAGGGCCUUGUCUUCUUGAUCAGUUGUAUUUUUAUGUGAAGUGAGAUCAUCGAGGAGCAGAGUCUUCUCGUUUCUCUGAUAGCGUGUUUUACUUCCAAUUUUUCGUUGACACCAAUCUUUGUAUCUAAUUCAAGUAACAAUUUCUUUUUUGUGAUUGGUAUUCUCUCAUGUCAUUCUAGCGCAAGUUAACAACUAUU